AUUCUUAGUUUCAUCAAUCAGCAAAAGACAUCAGGCUCUUUCUUUCUCCCUUUUGAACAAAAAUCACAAAAGUAAAUACAUUCUUCUGAAUUUUCAAGGUUCUGUUAGUUAUAUAGGUUUUGCUGACACAUCACGGAGUAGCAAAUCUUUCUCGAGUUCUUCAGAUUUAACAUUGUCAUUCGCUGCUGAAAGAAGCGCUACUCCUAGAGAUAUUGUGACCACUUUUAGUUGAGAGAGAUUUGCUAAUCUGGAUGUACCUCCUUCACUAAGAUAGCUUUCCUCCGAAACGGUUGUUUGAAAUCACUCUUCAUCUUCUUAGUCAUUUUGAUAUUCCAGAUGCAAGCAUCCCAACGACCUCAAAUGUCUGGUGGCGUCCAUGGAUUAUACAAUCAGCCAAUGCAGCAAGUUGAGCAAUAUUACGCCCCUUACCAUUUCAAGAACAACAAUUGCAAUAAUACUAGCUCAGUGACACAGUUUACUUUUCAGACACAGAAUGAACAUUUCUUCACUCUGGACUCAUUGCCGGCUACUGACUAUGUUGUAUACGAUUCACCUACUGCCUUAAGUGUCUCUUCCAACAGGAGUCCCUUCUCGCCGCAAUGUUCACAGUCAUACAUGUCUGAUCUGCAUCACUCCUCUGAUAACAACACUUGUGGUUCACCUUUCAGUGGGUGUUCAGGAGUUGAUGAUGGUGACCUGAAACAUGUGCUUCGGGAGCUGGAGAAUAAGUUACUGGGGCCUGAAUCUGAUACUGACGACAGCUGCAGUUGCUCCUUUAAUGAUGUGGUCUCGAAACCUUCUUCCUUGACAAGGUGGAACCAAGUGUUGGACAUGGCGCCCAGCUUGAACUUGAAAGAGUUGCUCUAUGCCUGUGCUGAAGCAGUGUCAGAUGCUGAUAUCUCAACUGCUGAAAUUCUUAUGAAUAUUUUAGAGCAAAGGGUGUCAGUCUCUGGGGAACCUAUGGAACGAUUGAGUGCAUAUGUGUUGGAAGGGCUUAGAGCACGACUACUGUCGUCAGGAAGCAUCAUAUACAAAAAAUUGAAGUGCAAAGAACCGACUAGCUUGGAGUUAUUAUCUUAUAUGCAAGUCAUCUAUAACAUGUGCCCAUACUACAAAUUUGCUUAUAUGUCUGCAAAUGUCGUCAUCAGGGAAGCCAUGACGAAUGAGAACAGAAUCCAUAUUAUUGAUUUUCAGAUUGCACAGGGAAGUCAGUGGAUGUUCCUCCUCCACGAUCUUGCUCGUCGGCCUGGUGGACCCCCAUUUGUCCGCAUCACAGGUGUUGAUGAUUCCCAAUCAGCUCAUGCACGAGGUGGAGGACUUCAGCUAGUAGGCGAAAGGCUAGCAGAAGUUGCCAAGUCAUGCGGAGUACCUUUUGAAUUCCACGGUGCUGCACUAUCAGGCUGUGAGGUCCAAGUAGAGAAUCUUCAUGUUAGGCGUGGAGAAGCGCUGGCAGUAAACUUCCCUUACAUGCUGCACCACAUGCCAGACGAGAGCGUAAGCACGAUCAACCAUCGAGACCGCCUAUUAAGGCUAGUUAAGAGUUUGUCGCCCAAAAUUGUGACCUUAGCUGAACAAGAAUCAAACACCAACACCGCCCCUUUCCUUCCAAGGUUCCGUGAAACUCUUGAUUACUAUACAGCAAUGUUCGAAUCAAUUGAUGCAGCUCGCCCUAGGGAUGACAAGCAGCGGAUCAGUGCAGAGGAGCAUUGUGUCGCACGGGACGUUGUCAACAUAAUAGCAUGUGAGGGGGCCGACAGAGUGGAAAGGCACGAACUUUUUGGAAAGUGGAGGUUGAGACUUAUGAUGGCCGGAUUUACUCCAUGUCCAUUGAGUCCAUCAGUUGGUGAGACCAUCAACGAUAUGUUGAAGGAGUACAGCCCAAAUUACAGGUUUGCAGAAAGCGAAGGGGCACUCUACCUUGGAUGGAAAAAUAGAGCUUUAGCAACUUCUUCUGCCUGGAGAUGACAACUUGUUGCCUAUUAUUGUCAAACAUCUGUACAUUUUUGCCAUAUGAUCUCGACGUUUAUCUUUUGUUGAAGACUAGAAGAGUGUAUUUUUAACCCUUUUCGUUUCAUAUACAGAGCUCGGAGUAUGAAAUCUUAGGUUUUUACAUGCCAGCACAGGGAGGAAUAUCGCGAGUCUAAAAUAGAUUCCAUGUCUCAACAUCUGGUUUUUGUCAUUUUUCUCCAAGUUUAUUGGUUUUUCUCAUAUAGAUCUUGAGCUCUAUCUGCUAAUGUUUGUAUACAUGAAAUCCUGUUUCAGACUCUUCUAGUUGAGUACAAGGUUUCUUGGUUUUUUGUUUCC